AUGAUAUAUGCAAACCCGGCACCGUGUGGGGCUGGGAGGGGAAAUCCACCGGACUCAGAGACUCUGCGCAGUGGGGAAGGGCCUGGCCCACUUCAUUUCAUCCCCUGGGGGGCAUACAGGAGCCUCCCCCUCUCCCUGCGUGGGGUGGGGCCCAGAGAGGGGCGGGCAGUUCUGGUCCCUCCCCGGGCUGCGGGGGCGGGUGCCUGUUUACACCGGCUCAGGAUUUGGCCAAUGCCUUGUGAGUGGGGGAGGGAAGGGGGCAGGGCUGGGGAUGGCCUUCGGGUCCAUAUAAUGGUGUGCUGGCCCCUUAAGACCCAGCCUAGGCCCCUGGGUCGGGACCAGCGUGCUCUGGCCCGUUGCUGGCAAGCAGCUCUCCGUUCUGCCACCACCUCACCUCCCUCUCCGUGGCAGCGCCCGCGACUCUGGAUGGGGCAGGCGUUUGGAGAGGGCAUCCUGCCUCCCUGGCCUGGUCUGUCUCGCUGCAGCCCCGCGCUUGGCAUCUCGUGCCCUGGGGGAGCAGGCUCUCCUGCCGCCCGCAGAGCCCCUGGCCCUGAUGCCGCCGAAGGGUAUCUGAGACUCGCCCCCAGCAAGCCCCUGGUUCCACCUCCCACUCGUGCAUCCCUUUGCACGCCAGCACUUGUGCACACAUGUCCAUGCAUCCUGGGCCUGCUCUUCCCACCUCUGCCGUGUGGGUCAGAACGGCAGCGCUUGGCCGGAUUCCCCCACUUCUCCUGCGGAGCCAGGGGCCCGAGGUCUGGGAGCUGGCCCUGCUGCCCAACCAGGACCCGCUGCGCUCGCUGCUGCCAUGGGCAGGGGCUGGCGGCUGGAGCGUUUGCACAGCCAAGGGUGGAGCUGCUGGGCCCAGGGCCUCUGUACCCCACAGGGCCUGUUCAGCCAUCUGCCCCCAAGCCCACCCUGCAUGUGUCGGGUUUGUGCCUAUGCCCGUGCCAGGCUUGCCCAGCCCCCAUGGAGGAGCCGUCCCUGGCCCCUCUCCACGUGUCCCCACCCCAGGAGCCUUCAGGCCACAGGAGAUCCUGUCCCUGGGGUAGGCAGCAGCCCCCCAGCCCCUGCCCCUUCAAACCCCGCGAGCUCAGGACCAGCCCUUGCCUUGGCCCAGGCGAGAGUUCAGGGGUCCUGGCUGCUGUGGGCUGGGCUCCGGUGCCGACUUCUCCCUCCCCAGUCCCAUUAACAAGCCAUAGUGCUGGGUCUGCACGUGUGUGAGCGGCCUGGCCCCCAACCUCCAGCCCGCUGGGCACAGGGGCCCAGUGGGAAGAGCCGUAGGGUGAGGGGCUCCUCCCACGUCACACGAGGGGCACAUCUUUAUGCAAUAAACGGGCAGGGGCGAGGCUCUGGGGGAGGGGGCAGCAGGUUCUUGGCCAAAGCAGCCCCUGCCUGGCCGCGGUCCCUGGCAGCAGUGCAGAGCCGGGCUGGGGCCCUGGGAGUGACUGGUCAGGGGGUCAGGCCCGUGGGCCGAUUGCUUCAGGAUUCGGGGCCCUGGAGGGCAAAGCGCCGGGAAUGGCUCCAAGGAGCGGCCCCUGCAGGUGGCUGUGCUGGGGCGGGAGCCCAGACGCUCCGUUGGGAAUUGCCCCGGCUGUAGCCAAAGCCGCCUCGCCGGGUUCCCGGCCUGUGGAACGGAGCCUGGGCAGGGGCCAAACCCGGCGUCUUCCAAGAGAAAUAGACAGGGAUUGGGCUGGACUCCAGCUGGCGUCGACCCCAGGGCCCUGGCCACCAGACGGGUGUGGAACCAGCGUUUCCUCUCUCGGGUGGCGCCAGCCGCCGUCUCGGGGGCUGGUUCGUCAGGCAGGGCAGAGCCGGGGGCACUGGGAUCCGGGGCCCAGUUCUCCGUGCCCUGUGCUGCCGGUCAGGAGCAUUUCCCACCCACUCCCCAGCCGCCGUGCAAACCGCCCCCGGCCUUGUGUUGCCCCCCAGCCGUCCCCCUGUUUUAUACCCCAGCCCCCCACCCCUCGCCUCCGUCUAGUGACAUGGGGGAGAAUCAAGACAAAGCCACUUCCCUGCACCGGAGCCGGUUCCCCCUUUGGUCCCCCCCCGGCCGCAGCCCCGGCUUUCGCCGGCGGUCCCGGGAGCUGUACAAUAGUGUCAUUGCUCUAAUGAUGUUUCUCCUCCUGUAUAAAGAAAAUCUGCCCGUGA